AGUUACUCUACUUACUACUCACUAUAUCCCAUUCACGAACCUCAGAUCAAACAAAGACAGCAUCAAUACAGCAUACAGCCAGCCAGCCAGCCAACCAUACAGCAAAUAAAUGAAAAAGAGAGAGAGAAAAAGAAGAAAGAAAAUGGAAUACGAAGCCCCCCUAGACUCCCUAGCAACAGUCAACGGCUGGGCCCAAGGCUCCCCCACACGGCCGUUCAUCUCCAUCGUCAGUCUAUACAUGGCGCAGCAGAUGGAUGUCAACAGUGCCGUGGAGGAGAUCGUCAGUGUGUUGAAUGUAAAGUAUCAGUUGGGGGAUAUGAACAUCAUCGGAGAAUACCUCACAGACCUCUGGCACACAACCCUCCACACCUCCAAAAAAACCCCCCACAAAGACCUCUCCUCCCCGCAACCCGACCAGCCAACACCCACCCAAAGCCACCUCCUCACCCUCCUCCGCACCCUCAAAACCCAACCCCCGCCCCCCGCCAUCCCCCAAAAACACCCUCCCCCGCCAACCCAGCCAUCCGCCCUCGUCUGGGCCGACCUGCCGCUCUUCGCGCAGUCCGUGCGCUCCGCCCUCCGCGACGCACCCGGUCUCGGACGCUGCGGGUUCUCGGAAGCCGAGGCGGCCGGAUGGGAGAAUUUCACGGCCUUUGUGGCGCUUGUCGCUAGGGAUGUCUUGCCGCCUUCGCCUUUGGAGUACUCGGGGGGUGGGGCUGGGAGUGGGAGUGCGGGGUUGGAGGGCGUGGCGGUUAGGAUGAUUCGGUUGGCGUUGGAGGAGAGACAUGAUGGUGGGUCGUCGGUUUAUGAGGAUGGGGCUGGGGUGGAUGGUGAUGCUGCUGUUGAUGCGGAGAUUUUGCUGGGCGGCGCGGCUUCUGCUGCUGCUGCUGCUGCUACUACUACUACUUCUGCAGGUGGUGGUACUGCUGACGAGAGUAGAAGAGCUUCGCAGGUAAUCCCCACCUACGAAAAAGCGGACGAAGUCACCAAGCUCAAUGUCUAUGUGGCGUGCGCGGCGCUGUGGGCGAUCAUCAUGGGCGAGGAGCUGUGGGAGCGCAAGGGCGAUAAGGUUGGCUCGGUGGUGGGGAUCACGGUGACGACGGGGAACCGGAGGCAGAGUCUCUUCCGCGAGGGGAUUCCGCUGCGGAGGUGGGAGAUGUGGACGAAUCGGUUGGAGUUUUUGAGUAGGCGCGGGGAUUUGAGGAUUGAGACGAGGGAGUUGGCGGCUGAGGGGGCGGCUGUUAUGAGGAGGGUUCUUUGAUUCUUUGAUUUUUGUUUUGAUUUUGCAUUUUGCAUUUUUAUAUGUGUGUAUAUGUAUGGAUGGUUGCAUGCUGUUUGUAGUUAUAGGUAAUGGCGGUGAUAUGUACA